CACAGCCGUACUAUUUGCGAGAAAACUCUCGAGUCUCAACUCAGCCUCACAUUCCCUCUCUAGACCCUUCUCUCCUAAAAUGCAGACUGAACUCAACAACUCAGUCAUAGAAUAGAAUGAUAGAAGACUUCCUCUCAUGGAUUCUCUAACACUCACCAAACCCAUCUUUAACUCUUUCUACUUCACUCCCACAAAUCCAAGAACCAAACUUUGGUGUUCUGGCCACUUUUCAUUUUUCAAGUCCACUCAUCUUACCAAAUUCAAAAACUCUCCAAUUUGUUUUUCGUAUAAAAACCCUUCAAAUCAUCAAAACCCAAAACCAAGAAACAAAAAUAACAGAACUUUCUUAUCAAACCCUUUGCGGGCUUUGGUCCCGAUAAUGGAACACAUCAAAGCCUUAGCUUCUUCACAAACGAAAAAAUGGGCUUCACAGUUACAAGCAUACAGUGAUGACUCGGAGAAGGUGAUGAGUGAACACAACGGGGAUUUUACGCUAAAUGGAGCGUUUGGAUUGGCUUUAUUGAGUAUAACAUCGCAUGCGAAAGUAAAGAUCAGUCCUUUUGUGGCAACAUUAGCUGCAAACCCAACUUUUAUAUCGGGUUUGUUUGCUUGGUUUAUUGCACAGUCAAUGAAAGUGUUUUUGAAUUUUUUUGUGGAGAGGAAAUGGGAUUUGAGAUUAUUGUUUGCCUCGGGAGGGAUGCCGUCUUCCCACUCUGCUUUGUGUACUGCUUUGACAACAUCAGUUGCGUUUUGUCAUGGAGUGGCUGAUUCGUUAUUUCCUGUUUGUUUGGGGUUUAGUCUUAUAGUUAUGUAUGAUGCAAUUGGUGUCAGGCGUCAUGCUGGGAUGCAAGCUGAGGAAUGGCGUGAUUCGCUUGGGAAAAAUGAGUAAAUUUCAGAAUCCAAUAAGACUAGCGGGUCCCCUGCCAGUGGAGCUUCUUGAUAUGGCUAGGAUUGGAAAUAGGAUGAGUGGGUAGGUUAUGGGAUUUAAAGGAAAAAAGAUUGAUGAUCAUCUGUGUUCAAAGGCCUGAAUGCACUAUACUGUGCAAUCCAUUGCCUAAUCAUCGCCAUUAUUUUUUUUGGAGAUAGUAUUAAGUAUUUUGGGAAUCCAAUUCUGGCUUAUACUCAAACUUCGUUCUCAAAGGUGGGAUUGAAUUUGGAGGGAGGUCUUCCUCUUAUUCCAGACUUCAUGAUGCAGUGGGGCAAUUUGCUUUGGAUGUGUACUAUUAAUUAGGCAUAAGCCAUGACAAGCAGAUGCCAUGCCAAAUGCUCUUCCUGAGAGUGUUUCACUUGAACUGAGUACAGCAGAAAUGUCAGGACGGAUUGUAGUAUAAUAUGAGGUUGGGUAGAAUGAUCAGUCUUAUGUUUCUUAAUUGGAUGCUUGAUCAGACUUGUAAUGCUGGUAAAUUAACGUUCUCUGUGUUUGAGAAGGAUUUUCAACAGAUGGUCUGAAGCUCUUAAAAACUGAACUAAUCUAACUUAGAGACUAGUAUUAAUUUAUUUAAAGCUAGUCUGAGAUAAGUUUUGAAAGUUAAAGUUCACAGACUUAAUUUUUGUCUCCACUAGCUGGAGAAUUUCCUGAGUUUGUAUGUGCCUGUUGCUAGAUCAAAAGCUACUCUGUUGUUGGAUUGAAAGUCGUUUGUGCUAAAGCAGAAGAGAUACUACAAUAAAUGUCACAUCAGCUGUGUUGAUCUGA